GGGCAAGUCAGUCAAGGAUCAUGUAGCAGCAACAACCACCAAGACCUCAUCACCAUGAAUUUCAUCACUAGGACCACAUCCACCGUUCCGAUCAAAACACUCGGCCGGUCUGCUGCUCCAUUGAUCAGGCUCACAUCGAUCAGGAAGACGAAUGCCCACCUGCGACGAUCUUCGCGUUAUCAUUCGAGCUUUCAUUUAACGCCAAACGAGGCACAUCCUAUUAAGUCGCAAAGGAAUCCAUGGAUUGUCGGAUUGGUCUCUUCGAUCGCCCUGGCUGCCUUUUCUCUCCAUCAAUACUCAACUGCACAACCUAUUCAGAACUCAACUGAAGAUAAAUUGUUGAAGGAAGAGAAAGUGACUCGACGAUCGAAAGAGGAGCUGCGGAGGGUGAUCGAAGAUGAGAAGCUUCCGAUGCGGGAGAGAAUGCCAGCAUAUAUCGAGCAGCUACAAUCGGAGAUAGUGGAAGGUCUAUCGAGUGUGGAUCCGAGCACGAAGUUCCGAUGGGACCAUUGGGAACGAGCGUCAGGGGGUUCAGGGACGUCGUGUAUCUUACAGGAGGGGGCUGUGUUCGAGAAGGCGGGAGUAAACGUGUCGAUUGUUCACGGGACUCUCCCUCCGGCGGCGGUGCGACAGAUGCGUCAUCGACUGGAUGAAGACCGGUUCGGCUGGUGGGACGGACAACAGGACUUGCCGUUCUUCGCAUGUGGGAUCAGUCUCGUCGUCCAUCCCUUGAACCCAAUGGCCCCGACGGUCCAUCUCAACUACCGCUACUUCGAGGUCCUCGACCCUGCCGAAAAGGAUCAGCAAAGCUGCUUGGAGCCCAAGGUCUGGUGGUUCGGCGGAGGGACCGACCUGACUCCCUCCUACCUCUUCCAAGAGGACGCUCAACACUUCCAUCAACAACUCAAAACUCAAUGCGAUAAACAUAACCCUCGCUUCUAUCCUGACUUCAAAGCCUGGUGCGACCGCUACUUCUUCAUCCCGCAUCGGAACGAACGUCGCGGGAUCGGAGGGAUCUUCUUCGACGAUCUCUCCGGCAAUCCUCUAGAUCUCUUUAACUUCAUCCGCGACUUAGGCGACCAUUUCUUGCCCAGUUAUUUACCUAUCAUCGAGCGUCGUCAAUGGAUGAGAUUCUCGGACCACCAUAAGCGAUGGCAACAACUCCGUCGAGGUCGAUAUGUUGAAUUUAAUCUAGUGUAUGACCGAGGGACGAAGUUUGGCUUAGCGACGCCGGGGGCACGGAUCGAGAGUAUCCUGAUGAGUCUGCCGUUGACGAGUCGAUGGGAAUACAUGAGCGAACUAGGGACCGAGGCGGAAUCUGCAGAAAAGGAGCUGCUCGAAGUCUUGAAGGAGCCGAAGGAAUGGGCUUAGGAAACAUCCCCGUUGUGUCCUCGAUCAUGACUUGACAUUUAUGAAGGCUUCGUUCUUCUCCCUAGGAUGCCAAAU